AUGCCUGUGCUGUGGACUCUUGGCCUUUGUGAAGUUCAGGUAUUCAUGUGGGAGCACUCCGAAGUUGAAAUCGAUUGCCUUAGCCCACUCCUCGGUUUGAUCAGCACUGCGUUCAGCAAGCCACUGUUCUUGUUGGCAUGCUCCCGUAGAUCCUUUUCCAGGGGCUACUGUGGAGCAGCAGCUGUUGCAUCCAUCACCCACAAGCUUCUCGGAGGAGAUUUGCCAUCCACUGAGUUGCGUGCCAAGUUGAUUGUCCAAGCGUUGGGCAAGUCAGAAGUCCAGCAAGCUGUUCUUGGUGUGUCGCCAUGGAAGUUCCUGAAAGCAUUGGCCAAUUUGCAGACUCCGCCUUUGCAACUUGUUCUGCCUGAUGAACAAGCCCAGCAAAGCAACACCAAUCCAGCCUCCAAACCCAAAAAGACCGAUGGUAAGAAGAAUCUGCCGUCCAGGCCUGCAGAGCUUGACCCUACCAAGCUGACAAUUGAACAUGGAGCCUUUUGUGUUGGCAAUGAUGAGCCAGUUGGCCAGGUUCCCUUCUCGCAGAUUGGACCGCUUGCGGUAUUGUCCACUAUGGCUGAAGAAUUGCCUGUUCUCCACGCUGGGAAGCUGUUGACCAAUCAUGGACUUGCAUUGCUGGUGCUCAAUCCGCCGUUGGAUUUUCAAACUUCUUUGGAUUGGGCCACCAUUCGUUUUGCCACGCGUUGCAACAUGAACCAAGAACCCAUGCUUGCAGAAGUGGACAUGGAAGUGGCGGAAGUGGACCUGGAAGUGGAUGCAGAGGUGGUGGAGGAGAAGGAGGAGAAGGAGAAGGAGAAGGAGAAGGAGAAGGAGAAGGAGAAGGCUCGAGUGGUUAGUGCGUUGACAAUCGCCCUUCUCUUGCCGCUGAGAUCUUUUAAUUUCGGCAACGUGUCAAAUGGUUCCGACAGCGUACUGGAAGGACAUCAUCGGUGCCAGCUGCUCCUCGUUGGGCAUCCCAGAGCACUGCAGGCUUUAGAGAGCACCGCCCAGUCGCCGAUCGACAUCCCCAAGACCAUCGGCUUGGUGGAGGAAUUGAACCUGACGACCUUGGCCAACAAGGAGGGCCAGCAACUGGGACCCUUUGCCUGGUCGUUGGCUCAUUGGACCGCCAACGUGACGCUCCAUCCAGGACCUGUCACCUGGGAGGUGCAGGUGCUGCAUCCGGAGCAGUUCCCGGUGCAUUUCGAAGGCAGGACCUAUGAUUUGCAGUACAUUACCUUCAAGUCUCCUUCAGAACAUACUGUGGAAGGUGCUCAUAACGCCAUGGAGGUUCAGUUGUACCAUGAGGAAAGCGCCUUUUUUCUUCAGGGCGAAAAACGGAGACUUGUGGUCUCCGUGAGUCUGCGAGAGAGCACGGAGGCCUUCAGUGGCUUUCUGAACCCCAUCUUUUCUGUGAUGCCUCAAGACGACAAGACUGAGUCGCCCUCAACGGUCAUUGGCAAUCCCUAUGUCGACCUUGCACCACCGGACAAGUCUUUCGUGACUUACCAGGGAAGCACUACGGUGCCGCCAUGCAGUGCCGCUACCUGGGUG